AGCUGUAGGAGGUACCUGUGAAAAGAAAAACAAGGAAUAUCUCUCUGAUUUCAUCAACAGAAGUGUGUGGGUUUCCGAAAUAUCCUACAAGUGGUGAUGCGAUGGUUUAGAGGAGCAGUUUUGGUUGAUUCUUCACAUCACGCCCGCCUGACGACGCUGUAAUAUCCUCCGCGCCUCAUCUUCAGACAGCUGUGGACGCUUUCUGCAGGGGAGAUGGCUGUUUUCCGGCUCUCGUUGCUGCUGCAUGUGGGCUUUGUGAUCGGGUCGAACCGCUUAGACGCUGACCGGUCAACCAUCGGGGCAUCACCGGCGGAAAAGAUCCCAGGCGCUCGGCUGGCGCGUCUCCGCGCACCUCGCCUUGCUCCCGGAGAGAAAUCAGAAGAUCAUCUGCCCCGGGUGGUCACGGCUUUCUUACAUACGGGGGAUUCGACCACCUUAAAGCACGCCAACUGCUCAAGAAAGUACGAGCUCACCUCUCUGAUGCGGGGAAGGUCACACGAAACCCCGCAUUACUCCAUGAGCGGCGUGCUGGAGACGGUGCUGCACGCCACUAACUUCCUUAACAUGAUCCUACAAGCCAACAGGUCCAAGGAGCACAACCUGCGGAGGGACAUCGAGUGGUACCAUGCACUGGUGAGGAGCAUCCUGGAAGGGGACGCUAAGAUCCACCGGGCGGUGGUCACUUUUGGUGGGGAAGCGUCGCUCGCGGGGCCCCCGGUGCUUCUCCAAGCCACCAGGGCCGACGGGGAGAUUGUGCUCCAAGACCUCUCCCGCAUGGCGCACCGUCAUCUGCACAACCGCACCGCAGAUACGGAGUGGUACCACGGGAUGAAGGAAAAGAAGGAGCCUAUGUUCCACAGAAGGGUUCUGAACAAGCGAGGCAGAUCUCCAGAAAUUGCAGAGAGUUUCAUCCCGGACAGAACGCACGUCAAGUGGUCUGCGCCUUUUCUGGAGUGCGAGAAUGGGAAUUUUGUUCCCCGCUGGCUUCUGACCUUAUCAGCUGCUUUUUACGGUCUAAAGUCCAACUUGGAUCCAGAGUUCAGGGGUGUGGUGCGGGUGGACGUUAAUCUACAGGAUGUUGAUAUCGACCAGUGCUCCACUGACGGUUGGUUUGCUGGAACCCAUCGAUGCAACCUGACCACUAUGGAGUGUCUGCCCCUCCGUGGUCAUGGGUUCGUCCUGGACAAGUACCAGUGUCAGUGUAAGAGAGGAUUCUACCACCCCAACAGAGUGGCAGUCAAUGGUUUCACAAAGCCUAGGAGAAAAGGAAAAGCUGAAGAUGGUGGUCCUGGUGAAGAUGAAGGAUCCCCUAGUGACUGCUUGCCUUGCCAGCAGGGCUGUACCUUCUGUAAAGACAACUCUCCCUGUGUGGCAUUAGAGGACGGUGCUCUUCGCUUGGCUGUGCUGUCCUUUCAGUGUCUCUGCAUGCUGAUUGUCUUCAUCAGCAUGGUCCUCGUGUACCACUUUCGCAGGAAUAAGAGCAUCAGAGCGUCAGGUCUCGUCCUGCUGGAGGCAAUUCUCUGUGGAGCCAUCCUUCUCUACUUCCCGGUUGGGAUUCUCUACUUCCAUCCGAGUAUUUUCCGCUGCAUCCUGCUGCGUUGGGUUCGACUUCUGGGCUUUGCCACCGUCUACGGAACACUCACUCUCAAGCUCUACAGGGUGCUGAAGGUUUUCCUAUCCCGGACAGCUCAGAGGAUCCCCUAUAUGACCAGCUGGCGAGUGAUGCGCCUGCUGGCCAUCAUCCUGCUCAUCGUCUGUUGGUUCCUGGUGGCUUGGACAUCUGCCGUCUGUCAGAACCCAGACAGGAAGUUGGCCCUCAUUGAUGUAGGCUACACGCCCGAUGGUAGUCAGUUCGGCAUGUGCCUCCUGGACCGCUGGGACUACAUGAUGGCUGUUGCUGAAUUCCUCUUCCUGCUGUGGGGCGUGUACCUUUGUUACGCCGUGAGGACCGUGCCCUCGGCGUUCCAUGAGCCUCGAUACAUGGCCAUUGCUAUUCACAACGAACUUGUGCUUUCAUCUAUCUUCCACGUAAUCAGGUUCACUCUUGCUCAUGAACUCCAUCCAGACUGGAUGCUGCUGCUGUUCUUCACUCAUACCCACCUGACUGUGACAGUUACUCUGGGUCUGCUGCUUAUUCCCAAGUUUCUGUUUGCUGGGACCCACAUGAGAGAUGAUAUAGCCUCUGAAGCCUACGAGGAUGAGCUGGACAUGGGUCGGUCUGGGUCCUACCUCAACAGCAGCAUUACUUCAGCAUGGAGCGAGCACAGUCUGGACCCUGAGGACAUUCGGGAGGAGUUGAAGAAAUUAUACUCCCAGCUGGAAAUUUACAAAAGAAAGAAGAUGCUUGCAAAUAAUCCUCAUCUGCAGAAGAAACGAAGCUCCAAGAAAGGUUUGGGGCGCUCACUGAUGAGGCGCAUCACUGAGAUUCCCGAAUCCGUUCAUCGGCAGUGCAGCCGGGAAGACAAAGAGUUGGGGGACCAUGGGAGUAAUCGUAACAGCAUCUGCAUGCUGAAAAAGAACCCCUUGGAUCAAAGUCAUCAAAUGAAACCAACCAAGGACGAGACAUUAAAGAACAAGGUCUUCUCCUUGAAGAAGUCCCACAGCAGCUACGACCAUGUUCGGGACCAGAAUGAGGAUGGUGAUAGAACUGCGACAGAGAAGAUGGAGAUGGCUACAACCGAAGGAUCAUUACUGGACACACUCAUGGGCAAAAAGCUGGUCAAAAAGAAGUCCAGUGACAAUAUAAAUGCACCAAGUGAAUCUACAGAGUCUGUUCCAUUAGUUUGCAAGUCAGCCAGUGCCCAUAAUCUUACUGCUGAUAAGAAACCAAUUCAUCCAAGAGCAUCCAUGCUACAAAAGUCUUUGAGUGUUAUUGCCAGUGCAAAAGAGAAAACGUUGGGCUUGACUGGAAAGACGCAAAGCUCCGAGGACAGCAAUAAAAAGAGUCAGCCAAAGAGCAAAGACACGAAGAUAAGCACAGAGACAGAAGAGGACUGUCAAACAAAGAUGAUUAUCAGCCAGUCGGUUGAGUACAAACAGAGUGCAUCAAAAGGCACUAUCAUGAAGCAGCCGGUGACCAGUAGCCAGCCAACAAUCUGCUCCGAUCCAGGGAGGGGAAAAGACCUUUACGAUGUCUCAGAAGUGUGUCCCUGGGAGUUGGAAGAUCUGCCAACUCCAUCAGAAAACAAGGUCCAAAAGCAUGUCUCAAUAGCACCCAAGGAAACUACAACUAUUCAUGGAGGCAGCACCAAAGGAAGCAAACAUCACAAGCAGAAGGCUUCUGAUCAGUCUCCAUCAAGUGGCAGGCAUUCAAAGGAGAGUCAGAAAACAACCGCUGUACGAGCUGAGGUGUGUCCUUGGGAGGAAGGAAGUGAGAGUCUCUCAGAAGGAUCAAGGCAACAAUUGUCUAGUCAGUCAAAGUCAAACAGGCCACAUUCUACUUUAGAAAGCUCCAAAACAAAGCGUACAGACAUUUGUCCAUGGGACUUUGAAGAGCAGCAAAAGACAUCAGAAAUGGCACUGUCUAAAGAAACAGCAAAGCAGAAAAAGACCACAUCCCCUGUCGAUGUUCGAGGGAGAACCUCCCUUUCAGAUACAUCCAAAAGGGCAGCAUCUUUGCACCUACCAACAACAAAAGCUGAAAUCUGUCCCUGGGACUAUGACAGUGCUGCAGUUUCACCAAACACUGACAGGACACCUAGUCCAGCACAAGCCCCCAAAUCUAAAGAAUACACCUCAAUAAAGAAAGGUACCACAUCCGACAGGACAGUUGAGAAAGAAAAGUCAAAAGACGCUGAAGACGAAAAAAGUUUAACAAAGGCUCAGGACAGAAAUAAAUCAGACAAACGUUUGAGCCAACAGAAAUUGUCUGAGGUUUGCCCAUGGGAUGCAGAGAGUCCACAGGAGGGUCUGCAGAUAGAAAAAAGGAAAAGUGCUAAUGUUGGAGCCGUCAAACCAAAGAAGGCUGAAGUUUGUCCAUGGGAUUUUGAGGACACUUCAAGUAAGAUGGGCUCUGAUAAAAGCUCUCCUUUAGAAAAGCAGAGCAAUCCAAAUCCAAAAGGUGCAGCUGCAAGUUCAGCUAAGAAAGAGGAUGUUUGCCCCUGGGAUUUUGAUGAGAGCAUAUCAAGCAAGAAGGCAUGACACUGAACAUAAAUGGACCACUUCAAUUAUAGUUAAUUUUUUUCUUUUUUUCACCUACAAAGAGUUAUAUAUUACCUUUUACUAUUUGUAUGGUAACUUGGAAGCAAAGUUAAUCCACAAGUUGCCUUCCUUUCAAAGGUUUUGUUCCAGUUUUACAUAUUUGGAAUAUGUACAAAAUGACAAAACUAAGUCAAAAAAGAGCAUUCCAGAAUAUUACAGGGAAAUUCCUGGAUAUAAAUUGUAUACCAAUUAUGCAAUCGUUUCACUUUAUAAGCAAUGUCAGACAUCAGCUUUUGCCAUCUCUGCUCUCCUUACUUUCAUUUUGCUGUCUCUUACGUGGGCUUACCCAGAUGUGACAACAUUUAGAAGAUAUUUUACAUUAGUUUACACGCAAUAUUUUCUCUCUGUUGUCACACGGAUGCAAUUUAGGUUGAAGUUUGAAACGAGGAUUUCAAAGCCAAAGAAUAGGGCAACCAUUGCAAAGGGUAUUGUUGGUCUUCAAUCUGUGCUUGGUUAUGAGUUUAUUUGUUGGACAAAAAAGGAGGAAAAUCCAUCUUUAGCACUUUAGCCAACAUCACCAAUUUACAGCUAAGUAACAAAAAUUGUCUUUCAUAUACAUUUUAUUAUUGAUUUAUUUCUUUAUUAUUGAUCUUGAUUUACAAUUUGAUCACAAGCAAUCAUACAUACAGCAUAUAUAAAUAUAUAUUUUUAGAUCUAUUUAAUUGUAGUUCUUUACAGAUUAAAAUGCUUCCAAGUCUGUAAAGAUGUACUUUAUGUGCCUAACUAUUAGCAUCGUCUUGUACCAGUCUGAAGGGAGAAAAAAAAAUUGCUUUUUUGUCUGGAUUUUGUCACAGUGAUCUAUAUUAACAGCAUGCACAGCCAGGUGCAGAGUAGCUGGACUCUACUUGUUUAUCAACUGACCAGUGCUGAUGUUUUAGCUAGCUCCCCCCAUUCAACAAUAUUUGUGCUCCUGUUUGCAUAUCCCUUAAAAGCUAAAAAAAAAAAAUGGUU